AGCGACGACGCGACGAGCUUUGCGGUUUUCCGAGGCGCCCCGAGUGGCGCGCACGUGCGCGACAGGGGAAGGAACGUAUCACCGCUGCUGCCACCGCCACUCCGUCGCCGGAUGCCGGCGAGCGACGGAUGUUUGCCCCAAGGAAGCGCGUUUUAUUAUCGCGCCCUUUGUUUCUUUUAUUCGCGAAGCGAUCGGCAGUCGAGUAACAGCGGGGGGUUGCCGCCGCACGACGCCGAGGUGGUCCGACGUUGAGAGCGGCGCAUCGUGUCUGGAGCCACCGCGGUUUCACAGCCGGAGCUGGCACUUCUGGCCCACGAGAGGCAACGAUCCAACUAACUCCGAUCAUGGCGGGAUAUUCUACGUCACCGGCUCUAUUCCCGUUGUUCCUGGUGUUCCUCUGGAUGAUGAGGACGCCCGCGUUCAACCUGGACACUCAAUAUCCUGUGGUGCUACCCGGACCAGGACCUGCGGGAAGUCACUUUGGAUACUCCGUGGCUUUGCAUGAGGGCGGCAAGCUUGGAAUGCAGGCCCUCGUCGGUGCCAUCCGGGCAAACUCGUCGCACCCAAAGUGGCAGGGAAUUUACGAACCCGGCGUGCUGUAUCGCUGUCCGCUGCUCGAGGAAGGCCGGCCCUGCGUCGAGCUCGUUGUCGACGCUACGGGUAACGAACUCCACGAUGAUCACAUCGAAACUAUGCGCUACCAUGACCUGAAGGACAACAUGACCCUAGGCAUGUCCCUCGACGUUUCACCCGACGGGAGCGUUGUGGCCUGUGCACCCCUGUGGAAAAACAAGAAGUGGUCCGGAGUCUACCUAGCUAAUGGCGCAUGUUACGUGCUCGAUCGAAACCUCAGGCAACCUAAGAAACUAGUCCCUCUAGUCAAAAGAAAUGACCAACUAGACCAAAACCAAAGUACCUCAACAGCCCAGCAGUCGGUGAACUACGACUACUACUACUACGCUGCGGAGCUGGGAUUCUCGGCGGCCUUCACGGAGGACGGCAGGCUAGUCCUCGGAAUACCAGGCUUCUACAACUGGGAAGGUUCAAUAACGCGCUACAACCAAAACCAUGAACUCACGAGCCAUCACAUGCUUCUGGGUAGAAAAGAAAAAGAUUCGUACAAAGGCUACUCCGUCACAACGGGAAGGUUGUUCCACGGGCGCGAACUGACCGUCGCAGCUGGGUCACCGCGAGGCGCCGACUACAAAGGACAGGUGUUCCUCUUUGGUAUCGAUGGUCCGGGCAAUGACAGGGGUGUCGUGAUCAGGAGCCUCCUUUCCGGAUCUCAGAUGUGCGAGUAUUUCGGUUCUUCGCUGUUGGCCACCGAUCUGGAUGGCGACGGCAUUGACGAUCUGCUCGUGGGCGCUCCCAUGCACAGCAUACCGGACGGGCAGGACGAAGGGCGCGUCUACGUUUAUCGAAGCAACGGUGUGGGACUGUAUGCUUCCGGCUAUUUGGAGGGACUCCGAGCAACGGCCGCCCGCUUCGGGACCAGCAUCACCAAAGUUGGCGACCUCAAUAUGGACGGAAUACAAGACGUGGCUGUAGGCGCGCCCUACGAGAACGACGUGGGAGCCGUGUACAUUUACCAUGGCUCGCCCACGCUCGGCGACAGGACCGUCUACGCACAGAGGAUAGACGCGAGCACCGUGUCGGCACGCAUCGGGAAGCCCUUGAAAGGGUUCGGCAUCAGCAUCUCCAAGGGAAUGGACGUCGACUCGAACCACUACUAUGACGUUCUCGUCGGGUCUUACGUGACGGACAACGCCGUACUCUUUAGAUCCCGUCCGGUUGCGCAGUUGAGAGGUGUCAUCAGGCCCGAGGUCGGAAUGAUCACCUCCGACAUGAACAAAUGCGAAGUCUCCGACAAAUCGAAAUUCGCGUGCUUCAAGCUCACGACCUGCAUCGAAUACUCCGGAAAAUUUGUCCCCAAUACGACAGACGUGGAGACAGAGUUGACGCUGGACGUGAACCGCAAGGCAGAUAACCGUCCCGCGCGGGGAUUCAUGUUCCGCGACCAAAACCGAGUCGACAAUUACAGCUCGCUUGUAAAAGCGAGGAGAGGGCACACGACGUGCGAAAGCCGCCUCGUCUACCUAGAUGAGACCUUCGUCGAUCCUCUGAUACCGUUCGCCGUGCGGAUGGAGUACCGGCUGCGAGACACCAGUGACCAGCGCUGGUGCCCCACUUGCCCGGUUCCCGACACGGGGUUCCCGCUUGCUCUCACGAAAGCGAUUCCAUACCAGCAUGGCUGCGGUUCGGAUGAUGUUUGUCGGGCGGACCUGAAACUCGACGUUAACAUCAUCAGCUACGAUGGAUCCCCGCUAGUGGUCGGCGAGCGCCGGGAUCUCUCGGUGUCACUAUUCGUCGAAAACGCUGGCGCCACGGACCCUGCAUACCUGGCUCGCGUGCUGGUUACCCUGCCAGACCGCGUGCGAGUGGUCAACAAGGAUCACUGCAGUGUCCAGCAGGACCCGGCUCACGGCCGGUCGCUCAUCGUAUGCGACGCUGGGAACCCGCUGCGACCUUCGAGAAACGCGUUCUUCCUUCUGAAACUGGACAUGAGCCAAGUCCAGGACACAUUCAACAUGACCGCUGAAGCUACGUCGACCAGUGAGGAAGCAACGCCGAACGACAACAAGGUCGUGAUCACGUUGCCCUUCGUACACCAGGCAGACAUCUCCAUGCUUGGGAAAGCCAAGCCCGAAGUGGUCACUUUCAAUGCAGCGACAAAGAACAUUCAACUCGAACAUGGAUUUGUCCUCGCCAAGCUGUACGCCAGCCCAAUACAGCAAGUUCAGCUGUCUGUCCGUGUGCCCUACGUUUUCAGCGAGACGGAGAAACCCAUCGCCUACGUCCGACAAAUUAGGGUGUUGCAGGGCGAUUUGUUCGUUCCUGGUAGUUGCCGCAACAUGGAGGGAGUGGUCAAGAGCAUCGAAGGCCAAGACCAGGCCGGACGGAACAGCGACGAAGAUUCGCGGCCCGACGUGCUCGGCACGCGGAAUGGCGGCCUGGGUGGCCGGGUCCAGCGGUCGGUACCAGAGCACGAACCACCGCGCUCCGAGAGACUCACCGCUCUGCUCUACCAGAACGUGCCACCUCUGAACUGCAAGACUUCACUGUGUCACGAAGUAAGAUGCAACUUCGGGCCGUUUCUGAACAGGCAAAAGAUUGCUCAGAUCAUACUGACCGUCGUGGUCAACAUGGAAGAGUUCAUAAGACAAGCUGGCUCCUGGUACGCGUUCAGCGUUGGCUCUGAAGGUUACCUGAAGAUUCUGGACAACACCACGUUCCUGACUGACCCGCAAUCCCGCAAGGAGAUUCGUGUGGCAACUGUCUUCCAGAAGGAAGGUCCUCCACCAGCGCAGAAGGUGGCCACUUGGAUCAUCGCAGCAAGCGCCUUCUCUGGCCUCAUCCUCUUCUCACUGAUUAUCGCUGGAUUAGUUCACUUGGGCUUCUUCCGUCGGCGACAGCGAGAAGCACUGGAGAAGCUACUACAGGAGGAGAACGACAACGAGUGGAACGAGUUCACCGUCACGAAAGCCGACGUGGAAGCCGAGAAGGAGUUCUUCCGCAAGAGCAUGAUGAUGGGUGCUGUCGACCUGAAAAUGCUUCAGGAACAGCUAGAAGGCAGCAGUGAAGAUGUCAAGGAACUAGGCUGAACAACUGCUCGAAAAGGGGAACGUCGGGGCCUUGAAUAUUUUCAGCACGUUACGUAUUACUUAUGCCGAAAAGUGAAGUGCAAAGUGUGGAAUCUGAACUCUUCGUCGUUCAUCGGCAACGGCGCCGUAACAGCUUGCUUCUCUCUUUUGAGACUUCUUUGUGAGCCACACUGGAGACUGCACCUUACCUCGGUGAUGCCUUACCUGUACGAUACGUGCUAGCAACGUUGUGUUGUUACAACUUUUAUUGUUGUUGUGUGGUCAUACUUUACGAUAGCAAGAACAUGCCAUAAAGUAUUUAGCAUAUAGGUCGCAGAGUGCGUGACAUCUUACGGAUUUUUUGUAUCAAGCACCAGAUUAACUGUACAGAUGCGAGUUCAGCAGCACGAAUGAGUAAAAGGCACAUUGCAGUAUAUGAGCUUGCAGAUUGAACAGUGUCUUCCAUUACGCAACAUAGCACAAAGUGAUUAUUGCUGACAUGUCAUGUGUUGCCUCAAGCCUGUGGAUCCACAAUAUACAAGAAUGUGUUCAUAACACGCGUGCCGCCAGAAGUCGAAUCUUUGUAGAAAUCUUUUCAGAAAUGGCUUGAAACCGCUAUUCAACGUGUUUGUAAACGCUACAAUAACUUUACGCGGCCUUUGGCUUAACUCUUUGCCGGUGCGCCAUCAUGUGGCUUUCACUUAGAUGUUGCAAUAGUACGAGCAUGGUGCAAAAUGAGACUUGGUGGGGCACUAGCAUGUAUACACACUUUGUAGGGCUCAGCCUUGUUAUACCAGUGCAAUGACAUAUUAGUAAACUUUCUGCAGAGUUAUUCACAUAGUUUAGCUAUAUACGCCGAGCUUACUAUCACAUAUAUAGAAGGCACAACGCAAAACGCCACAGCCAAAACCUUUUUGUGCCUGUCAGCAGCGAUUGCACCUGUCCACAAGCGCUUUAGUAAGAAGCACUCCAAGACUUUGGCUAACAUGUCUCCUCUUCUUUUGCCUGAAAUUGGCAUGCUUGUGCACAUAUGCAGUAGCUAAGAGAGAUGGGAACAUGCUAUGCAUGCUAAAGAAGGUCAAAAUAUUUUUCAAGACAAUUCCUGGAAUUUUCUUUUUGCUUUUAUUUCAUGUGUCCCAUGUGGGAAAUUAUUCCGAUUCAUAUUUUUUUUAAGUCAUUCUCUUUAGUGUUUUAUACUGAAAGUAAUAUUUCAAUUUAUAUCCUAAAUUCGUACCACUUGUGUGUGCGUAUGUUUUUAACCCUAACGAAGAAGCUGUUGUGCAUGGUAGCUGAGCAAUGGCGAAAUUGUCUUGCUUUUGGAAACCAACAUGCCGUGCCUAUUUUCAUCAUUGUGUGGUGAAUUAUGAAGUAAAAUAAAUUAACUUACGAGGUUUCAUCAAUAUCAAAACAAUAACUCAUCAACAGAGCCCUCACAUACUGCAGUUCAUUACUUGCGAAUUCGAGUGUAUGACAACUAGGACAAGACAGUGUUUUCAUAUAGUAAUUUCAUAAUAAAUCCUUGGGGUUCUUAUUAUUAUUAUACGCUUGGCGUUCCACAAU